UCAGAGAAGCUGAGGGUGAAGCGGCGAGAAGCCGCAGAGCUGCCUCGCGACGACCGGGCCGACUGGCGUUCCUUUUUCAAAAGGGAAGCCUCUCUAAUAAAAGGUGCCGCAGGACUCGCGGAGAACGCGUCGCCCGGCGGCGUGUGCUGCGGAGCGGUUCGCGUGACGUCAGAGGUGCCGGUGAUGUGAGGCGUUCUCGGAAUAGACUUCUAGGAAAUUGUAAAAUUUAUAAGCCGAGCCGCUUAUACGCAGUCCUUCACACUUUUGGACCCGGUUCUACUCGCAACACACUCCAGACCCGUCGCCGCUCACAUUUUUACAUUUUUUUUAUUUUUCAAAACUUGAGUUGGAGCGGCGGGGCCGCGGUGAUCGCGAUAACAGUCGGACUUAAUUCACAUUAAAGAUCGGCCCAUGGUGGGACGCCAGUGUUUUCGCAGACCUCACUCGAGCGCCCAUAGAAGGACCAUCGUCUCGGAGUCCAGAGUCGCGGAUUAGCAUGAUUCUUUGUGUGUCCGGAUCUCUCCUGCCUGCGGUUCCGUCGACUGAGCCUCAGCGAGGCAUGCGGACAGAAAGCGGCCCCCUGGCCUCGUGCCUGCAGAGCACCCCUCCAUUAUGGGACCCCACCAAGGACCUGCGAGCUAUUGCCAGCAACUUCUGCUAUUUGGAAAACUCGGGAUGGUACUGGGGAGCCAUAUCAGCGGCCCAGGCCCACUCUGCACUUCAAGAGGCCUCUGAAGGAGCCUUCCUGGUACGGAAUAGCAGCCACCCUCUCUACAUGCUGACCUUAUCAGUGCGGACUGCUCGUGGUCCCACCAGUAUACGGAUCCAGUACAGCGGCACACACUUCUUACUGGACUCCAUCUCCCCGGCCAGACCGAGCCUGUCCACCUUCCCGAAUGUGCCCAGCCUGGUGCAGCACUACAUGGGCACGGAGCGGGCAGCCGACGAGGGGAAGAUAGAAGAGCGGGUUCCUUCCAAACCUCCACCGGGGACCAUCCAGGAGAGCACGGUGGUGCUGAAACUCAAGCGGGCCGUGUACAAGCCCGAGUGCCUGCCGUCCUUGCAGCACCUCACCCGCCUGGUUAUCAACAGACACUCAGAGAGUCCGGACCAGCUGCCGCUGCCCAGGCCCCUCAUACACUUCCUAGAGGACUAUCCUUUCACAGUAUGAUGUUGAAGUCCACCACAGCAGCUUUGUGACAGACUGCUAGACACUGGACACUGGCUCACGUUUUCACGGAGCACCUUAAAUACCACCCGGUUUUGGUUGCUCACAAAGGCCGGACGACGUCAGCACUGUAGCCACCUGUGGGGUUUGUCCGUGUCUGCUUCACAUUCUCAUAUAGGACUCUUCUUGGCUAUUUUAUUAUCAGUACAACAUUUUCUACCUUUUACACUUGUCCUUUUUUUUUUUUUAAAUUAAAAUACUCGAUCAUU